AAUCUGGUGAACAUUUGUAAGAAAGACAUAACUCCAGGAUUGACCGACAUGGAGACACUUGAGGUUGACCCCACAGAAUCGCCCGUCCCCCGCCUGCUCCUGCUCAAGCUGAUCAGCUCGGGCUUCUCAUUCUUCGUGGCGGGGAUCAACGACGGCAGCCUGGGGGCACUCAUCCCUUACAUUCGCGACGAAUAUGACAUUGACACAAACAUGGUCUCGAUCGUCUACGGCACAACCUUCGCGGGCUGGUUCGCCGCCGCGUUGACAAACAGCUACUUGAGCCAAUACUUCGACCUGGGAAUCCUGCUUCUCCUCGGCGCAGCUCUGCAGAUCCUCGCACACGUCCUGCGCGUUUGGCUCCCACCAUUCACACUUUACACCAUUACAUUCUUCCUCGCGGCCCUGGGCCAAGCGUACCAAGACACCCACGCGAAUAACUUUGUCGCAACGGUGAAAGGCGCGCAUCGCUGGCUGGGUUUUAUCCAUGCAAUGUAUAUGGCGGGGUGUCUCGUUGCGCCAUUUGUCGCGACGGGGGUUGCGUCGUCCGGCAACCAUCAUUGGCAUUUCUUCUAUGCAGCCCCGGUCGGGCUCGGUGUGCUGAACCUGGUGCUCGUCUGCGUUGCGUUUCGCGAGUGGGCGAUGCUUAAGAAGACAGCUUCAAGCGAAGAGCAACCGACCGUGUCGAGGCAAAAGGAUGCCCGCGUCGAGAUGCAGAAGACGCUUAGCUCUGGCGGCGUCUGGCUCCUCAGUCUGUUUUUCUUCUUCUACCUUGGUGCGGUUAUUACUGCUGGCGGCUGGAUCGUCGAGUACCUCGUCGACGUCCGCAAUGGCGACCUGGACAAGAUGGGCUACGUCCCCGCGGGUUUCUACGGCGGGGGGUUCCUUGGACGACUCCUCCUGGCAGAGCCCACGCACCGAUUCGGAGAACGACGCAUGGUUUUCAUUUAUAUCGUGCUCUGCCUCGCGCUCGAGCUGGUCUUUUGGCUCGUUCCGGAUAUUAUUACCGAGGCUGUCGCGAUCAGUCUUCUUGGGUUCUUUUCGGGGCCGUUUUUUGCUACAGUCUGUGAUCCCAUGUCCAUAUCCAAGGGAAGUUCUAACAAUAGCAGGGUAUAUCCGUCGCAUCGAAGCUCUUCGCUGCUGAAAUCCGGUCAUCUGCGCUUGGUGUGUACCCCCACAUUUUACCUAGGUAGAGAUGCGCUAACUAGGGUAGCAUUCAUCUUCCUCCUCGGGCAGAUCGGAGGAUCGGUAUUUCCAGCUAUAACAGGCGUCAUCGCCUCGGAGGCCGGGGUAAAGGUUCUUCAGCCUAUGCUCGUCGGCCUACUCGGGGCUACGGGUGUUUCCUGGCUGAUUAUUCCAAAGCCACGCUUGCAUCACGAUUAG